AGCGCCCAGACUGUCGGCGCGAGGCGGGGGCGCCGGGUGCCUGAGCCGGGGCGGCGAUGCUCACGCCCGCCUUCGACCUGAGCCAGGACCCCGACUUCCUCACGGUCGCCAUCCGCGUGCCCUAUGCGCGCGUCUCGGAGUUCGACGUGUACUUCGAGGGGGUCGACUUCAGGUUCUACGCACGGCCCUACUUCCUCAGAUUAAAUCUUCCUGGGAGAAUUGUAGAAAAUGGACGUGAACAAGGAGCCUAUGAUGCAGACAAAGGAGUUUUUACCAUUCGGUUGCCCAAAGAAACUCCUGGCCAGCAUUUUGAGGGGCUGAACCUGUUAACUGCUCUUCUGGCACCCAGGAAAUCCAGGAGUGCAAGACCACUUGUGGAAGAACUAGGGGGUUCUGAGGUUUCUGAGGAAGGAGUGGAAGAUGAUGAUGACUGGGAAAUUGAACAGUCACCCUAUGAAGAGGGAUCAGAAGGUGCUCUGAGUUCCCAGUACCACUAUGGUUUUGGAGAUUUACGAUCAGGAGUGUUUCAGCGGUUACAGGAUGAACUGAAUGACCUUAUCGACAUUAAGGAUCCAGACCUCACUUCGGCAGCUGAACGAAGGCAACAGCGUCUGACUGCCGAGCUAGCCAAAUUUGAUUCUGAUCAUUAUCUAGCUGACUUUUUCGAAGAUGAGGCGAUUGAACAGAUUUUAAAGUAUAACCCAUGGUGGACUGAUAGAUAUUCGAAAAUGGUAGCCUCUUUGGGAAAGAAUCAAGAAAAUCACGAUGCAGUAGUGUCUUUUUCUGAAGAUGAGAAAUACCAGCUGCGAAAAUUUGUCAAUAAAUCUUACCUGCUGGACAGGAAAGCCAUUUGUCAGGUGUACUAUGGAUUGCUUGACAUCCUUCUGGCAUAUUGCUACGAAACCCAAGUCACGGAGGGAGAGAAGACGGUUGAAUCUGCAUGGAAUAUCAGAAAGCUGAGUGCAACAUUGUGCUGGUUUGAGACUUGGGCUAAUGUUCAGGAGAUCCUGGUGUCCUUCGGAAGAAGAGUUUUGUGCUACCCUCUUUAUCGUCAUUUCAAACUGGUGUUGAAGGCCUCUGAAGACACUGUAAAGAUACUACAAUUGGGUAAAAGUGCGGUGUUAAAGUGUCUACUGGAUAUCCACAAAAUUUUUCAGGAAAAUGACCCAGCUUACAUUUUAAAUGAUCUUUACAUCUCAGACUACUGUGUGUGGAUUCAGAAAGCCAAGUCCAAAAAGUUGGCAGCUCUUGCAGAAGCCUUAAAGGAAGUCUCUCUGACAAAGGCACAGCUGGGAUUGGAACUGGAAGAACUGGAAGCCGCAGCACUUCUUGUCCAGGAGGAAGAAAGUGCAUCAGAAGCAGUUCAUUCUGUCUCUGGGCAGAACACAUCUGGCUCGACCUCUGAGACCAGUGACUCCGAGGAAGCAGACAGCACUGCAGCCUCUGAGUCCCAGCACUCAGAUUCAGAGUCAGAGGAGCUCACCGGGAGCAAGGCCAUGGAGGAGAGCAGCUCCCCAUCCCUCUGUGCUGACGGGGCAUGUGGAAACCCCGGGCUCGGGCACACCGAGGCCAGUCUGGGAAGGCCACUCCCCUCCUGCGGGCAUCCUGGGCGGCCCCGGCCUCUGAUAGAGGAGCUGGGAGAACAGCUGGAGACUGUGGUUCAGAUCACAGAGUCCAGGGCAGCCGCACCUGGGACCUGCAGCAGUGCACAGGACAGAGUUGACACGGAGACCCCGGAGGACUGACGCAGAGCUGGUUUGGUUAUUAUUGAGAGUUGUGUCAGGUUUGGCCUCAUUUCUGGAGUGAGAAUUUUACUUUCAUAUUGACCUUUUUGGGGAAAGUGUCUACAAAGUUUUUGGGUUUUUUUAAAAAAAUUUUUAUGAGUGGUAUGUCUAUACUUGCUGGUUUCUGAUUAUCAAAGUUUUAGCACAUAUUUUUCUAAAGUGGAAUGAAGAAGAAAAUAGUUUUGCAAGACGGUAGUAAAGUAGAACCUGUGGAUAGAUGGGACAACCCUACUGAGGUAUACCUGGCAGACAGGAAACUACGCAUAUUUGAAGAGUGCACGGUGGGUGGUGAGUGGUGAUGUUUGUGUGACUCAGGGAGUGGUGCUCACCCACCUGCCCCAUCACCUCCGAGGGUCCUUGUGCCCCAUUCCCCUUCCACUCCCCAUCCGUGCCCCCUCCACCGAAUUCCCAGGUAUGCAAUCUCUGCUCUCUGCCAUUGAAUAUUAAUGUGUAUUUUUCAGAAUUCAGCAUAGAGUCUCACAUGAUAAACUCUUUUCUAUAAGGCUUAUUUUACCCAGUAACAUAUUUCAGGUCCAUCAGUAUAGCCUGUAUCAGAGGCUUUUUUAAAUUUCUUUUGCUUUUUGGGUCAUACCUGGUGAUGCUUAGAGGUUACUCAUGGCUCUGCAACUAGGAAUUUCUCCUGGUGCUGCUCGGGGAAUCAUAUAGGAUGCCAGGAAUUGAACCCAGGUCAGCUGUAUGCAAGGCAAAUGCCCUCCCCUCUGUGCUAUCACUCUGGCCGCUCAGAGGCUUUUUUCCCCAUCCCUAAGAAGUUGCUUCUUGAGUAGCUCUAUCCAUUCACCUACUGAAGGCCACCUGGGUUGAUUCCAGGUGUUGGGACUCUUACACACCAAGCUCUGAUGACCAUUGUGUGCAAACCUUGUGUGGACUCAGGCUUGUGUUUCUCUCGGUAAAUAUCUUGAAACAGAAUGACUGAGCCAUAUGGUUGGUACGUGAUAACUGAAGAGACUGCGAAACUAUUUUCCAAAAUCCUUAGGCCAUUUUACAUAUCCAUUGGUCAUGAUGGGCCUGUUUUUCAUUUGGGGGCCACAUCUGGAAGUGCCUAGGGAACCCUUUGAUACUGGGACUUGAACCUGCCCCCUUCCACACAUGGAAAGGAUGUGCUCCAGCCCUCUGAGCCCCUUCUCAGCCCAAGUUUUUAUUAACACUUGGCAUAAUUAUCUUUUUAAAAUGUUUAUUGUUGGUAGAUUUUGGUUUGGGGGGGCCGUAGUUGACAGUGCUCAGAGGUCACUCCUGGCGUGGUUGGAGGACCGUUUGGGGAGCCGGGGAUCAAACCUGGGUUGGCCCUGUGCAAGGCAAGACCCCUGCCUGCUGUUCUGUUGUUCUGGCCCAAAUGUUUAUCAUUUGUAUGGUUGUGGGAUGAUAUUUCAUUGUGGCUUUAGUUAAGCAUUUUUAAAGAAUCUCAUGCCCCACUGACUGAGCUAGCUGGGCACACUAGCAUUUGGUUUGGGCAGGGGAAGUGGGGGGUGGCAUACCCUCUGAUGCUCAGGAAUCACACCUGGCAGUGCUCUGGACCAUCUGGGAUGCUGGGGAUUGAAUCCAGAUCAGCCACAUGUAAGACUAACACCCGUUGUACUACCUCUCCUCCUACACUAGCAUUUUUUAAAGCUCAUGAGGUGGAAAAUCCUUUUAUGGGCUUAUCUGUGAUCCAUAUAUCUAUCUCUGCUAACGGAGUAGUGUAGAUCAUCCAGUUUUAAAAACCUGGUUGGUUUUCUUAGUUUUGAGAGUUCUCUAUAAAUUCUGGAUACAAGUCUUCAUGCCAAGUCAUCUUUGUUAUGCCGUGUAAGCUUUAUUUAGAUACCAGACAGGAAUGUUACUGUAGGAGAAGCCAUUUCCAGUACAGUGACAGUGAGGAGUUUUCCUCUGGGAUUGAUUGCGACAAGCCCGCUCGUGAGUACUUGCAUUGUUCUAGUCACUUCAGGCAGCUUCUCUCUAGCCAUGCUCCCAUGUGCUUCCUGGGAGGUCGGGUUCUCUACAGCGUGCUCCUUGGCAUUUUGUCUUACAAAUCUUAACUGCCUCAGUUUCCCCAAGUCCUUGCACAGCCUCCUGAGCUCGUGCUUCUGCCUGGCUCUACCCUCGCAGCCUUGACAACUUUCCCACAUAAUCAGUGAGAUGACUGAUGUUGGCCCAUGUUUGUUGCUAUCCGGCGGGUUCACUAUCCCUCGAUGCUGAUGCCCAUUGUCUAGGAAAGCAUUGUUGUGUGUUACUUGUGGGUUUUUUUGUUUGUUUGUUUUGGGGUCACACCCGGCAAUGCACAGGGGUUAUUCCUGGCUCUUCACUCAGGAAUUACCCCUGGCGGUGCUUAGGGGACCAUAUGGGAUGCUGGGAUUAGAACCCAGGUCGGCUGCGUGCAAGGCAAACGACCUUCCCGCUGUGCUAUUGCUCCAGCCCCUUGUGUUUUUGUUUUUAUGUGCUCUAUCAGGUAGAGAGUAAAUCUGAUUUAUGAUUGUCUAUGAUUGGAAUCCUCAUUUCCAUGACUGUUUUAGGUGCGAAUUUUCUCAGGAAUAUGAGCUACCAGGGAGCAGAGUCUUGUGGGUUUUUUUUUUUUUUCUUUUUUGGGUCACACCCGGCGAUGCACAGGGGUUACUCCUGGUUCUACACUCAGGAAUUACUCCUGGCAGUGCUCAGGGGACCAUAUGGGAUGCUGGGAUUCGAACCCGGGUCGGCCGCAUGCAAGGCAAACGCCCUACCUGCUGUGCUAUCGCUCCAGCCUAGAGUCUUGUGUUUUGUUACCACAGAAUCACCAAAAAACUUAUUCUUAUCAGUGCCUAAAUAUUUGAAUGAACACAUUAGAUAAAUCAGUUUGUUAAAGGUUAGGUGUAUUUGUAUUUGUAUUUCCAAUAUAAAUCACUCAGACAUUUGUAUUAAUUUGGUGUGUUGCUUAGACCUGGUCUCACUCCUGAACUGCCAGGGUCAGCCUGGGGAGGGGGGUAGUUGUGAAUAAGUAGGAUCAAACUGAGAGUUCUACACACAAGGGGUGCCCUCAACUACCUCAGCCAUAGCCCCGGGCCCCAGUUUCUAUUAACAGGAUAAUCUGGGUGACUGUUCCAUCUGACAUGCAUGUUAUUCCUUAAACUCUAAAACAGCUUUGUCAGGGUUUUUCUCAUGCUCCCAAUUCCCUUUGGCCAUGGGAAAUGCCUUGCUCUGGGGCUGGAGAGAUAAUAUGGCCAUUUGGGCAUUUCCCUUGCAGUGGCCGAUCCGGGUUUAAUCCUUAGUACCACAUGCCCUCCUUUCCCCGGAACCCCUCCAGGAGUAAUCCCUGCACACAGAGCCAGGAGUAAAUCCUAAGCAUUGCUGGGUAUGGCCCACAGAAAGAAAAGAAAAAAGGAAAAUACAUCUCACACUGGGAAGAGGGCUCUCAAAAGGCUGGAGCACAUGCUUUGCUGUGGGGGUCCCAUGUUUGAUCUUUGAAGUGCAUGGUUCCUUGGGCAUCACCAGCUGUGCCCCCCCCCCCAUCUCAAAAAACACAUUUCUCGUCAAUACCCAGAGCCAAUUUGAAAAUGCACUUCUGGGGGCUAGAGCCAUAGCAUAGCGGGUAGGGGGUUUGCCUUGCAUGCAGCCGACCCGGGUUUGAUUCCCAGCAUCCCAUAUGGUCCCCCAAACAACGCCAGGGGUAAUUCCUGAGUGCAGAGCCAGGAGUAUCACCCUGAGCAUUGCUGGGUGUGACCCCAAAAAAGAAAAAAACAAAACGCACUUCUGGGAAUAUACUCCUGGGUUGCAAAAACAUACAGCAGGAAUGACAUCUGCACUUGAAUAUUUAUUAUAGCACUGUUCACAAUAGCCAGAAUCUGGAAACAACUCAAGUGCCUGAGGACAGAGGACCGGUUAAAGAAACUAUGGUACAUCUAUGCAAUGGAAUACUAUACAGCUGUUAGGAAAAAUGAAGUCAUGAAAUUUGCUUGUGAAUGGAUCAGCAUGGAGAGUAUCAUGCUGAGUGAAGUGAGUCAGAAGGAGAGGGACAGACACAGAAUGACGGCACUCAUUUGUGGGAUAUGAAAAAACAUAGCAUGAGACUAACACCCGAGGACAGUAGAAACAAGGACUAGGAGGAUUGGUCCACGGUUGAAAGCCUACCUCAAGGGCUAGGGGAGAAGACACUUGGGAUAGAGAAGGGACCAUUAUGACAAUGAUGAUUGGAAGGGAGAUGUGUGCUGAAAGUGGAUAAAGGACCAAAUUUGAUGGCCUUUCAGUAUCUGUUUUGCAAACCAUAAUGCCCAAAAAUAGAGAGAGAGAAACAAGAUAAGUGCCUGCCAUAGGAGCAGACUUGGGGGUGAGUGGAGGAGGGGGUGUCAGGUUGGAUACUGGGGACAUUGGUGGUGGGAAAGGUACACUGGUGGAGGGAUGGACUGAAAUCCAAUCAUGAAAGUUUUGUUGUGUUUUUUUGUUUUGUUUUGUUUUGUUUCUGCUUUUUUUUUUAAAAAAACUUUAAAAAAUUUUAUUGAAUCACUGUGAGAUAGUUACAAGCUUUCAUGUUUGGGUUACAAUCUCACAAUAAUCAAACACCCAUCCCUCCACCAGUGCACAUUCCCCAUAACCAGUAUCCCGGGUAUACCCCUCCCUUCCUACCCUGCCCCUGACUCCAUGACAGAAAAUAUUCCCCAUACUGCCUCUCUACUUGUGGGCAUUAUGACUUGCAACACAGACACUGAGAGGUCAUCAUGCUUAGUCCAUUAUCUACUUUCGGCAUGCACCUUCCAUCCCAACAGAUUCCUCCAGCCAUCAUUUUCUUAGUGAUCCCUUCUCUAUUCUAUCUGUCUUCUCGCCUCCACUCACGAAGCAGGCUUCCAGCGAUGGGGCAAUCCUCCUGGCCCUUGUAUCUACUGUUCUUGGGUGUCAGCCUCCUGUGACGUUAUUCUAUACUCCACAAAUAAGUGAAAUGCUUCUAUGUCUGUCCCUCUAUUUCUAAAUCAUUUCACUUAGCAUGAUACUGUCCAUGUCUAUCCAUUUAUAAGCAAAUUUCAUGACUUCAUCUCUCCUAGCAGCUACAUAGUAUUCUAUUGUGUAAAUAUACCAAAAUUUCUACAGGAUUGGAAAAAAUAUUUACCCAAUACCAAUAUGAUAAGGUAUUAGUAUCAAGUAUAUACAAGGCACUUGUUUCUGCUUUUUGAGUCACACCCACCAAUGGCUCUGCACUCAGGAAUUACUCCUGGCAGUGCUUGGGGACCAUAUGGGAUGCAUGCAAGGCAAACGCCCUACCUGCUGUACUAUUGCUCGGGCCCCCAUGAAAGCUUUGUAACUGUAUUUCAUGGUGAUUCAUUUUUAAAAUAAUAAAAAGUUUAUUUAAAAAAAAAAAGCUUAUCUGUCAGUCUCACCCUGAUUUCUGUUAACAUCAGUUGAGCAUAUCUAAAGCAGUGUUUGUUCAUCAACAUUUUCACACUUGCAGGCCAGCACCUGUCCAGUGGUUGGAGAACGGAUUAUAGCCAUGGAAAUUCCUUGUCCCGUCAACUUCUCCUUCCUCAGGAAUCCCGGCAAAUCUACUUUGGUGGGAUUUGCCUUAGUGGAAAAAAACCUGCUACUACCUUUUCAAAGAAUGGGCAAACAGGGCCCUUUGCAGGCAAAGCAGAUGGCUUCCUUCUGCAAGGGGGGUUUCUCCCUGCUCGCUGACCACAAGGGCUGACACUUUCUUACAGCCAGUAAGCAGCUCUGUUUAAGAUCUGUCAGCAGGGCCAUCCAGCUGCUGAGUCACCUCUCCGGUCUCAGCAGCCUGAAGCCCCAGGGUUUGUUUCUGCUGAAGUGGCCCCCAGCUGAGUGUUCUCCAACCAAGCCUGUCCUUCACUGUUGGCGCCUGCUGGUCAUUUAAACUGGCUACCCAGGUUUGUGAUGACCGGAAGUGGUGGGUGGCCUUGGAAAGCAGUUCAGAGUUGCUCUGCAGGUGUUUGUUCAGAGGGUUGGGGACCUGUGCAGGCUGGACAUGCUCAGGCAGCUCCUCACUCCGGCCCAAUCAAGGCCAUCGAGUCAUUGUUCUUCCCCAGAGUGGCCUCUCUGGGCUCCAGUGGUAGGCAAGGUGCGGAUCACGAAUCAGCUCAAACCGGGUAGAUGUUUCACAGCUUGAGAGGGGCCAGGGCAUCAGCUGACUGUGGAGGGAGGCAGCGCCGAACAGAGCGACCGACCUCUGGAGACCCCACAGGGGCCCCAGCCCAGGUUGGGGUUCCCGUGGGGGCCCAGACACUGUUUGGGCCUCAGCCCAGGGUGCCCACAGGUGAGGCUGGAGCUCAGUGGUGAGAGUUGGAGGAGCCUUGAGCCCACAGCCACACUCUAUCUGGGCCAGGGAUAUAGUCCAGAGGCUAUGGAACUGCAGUUGGGACUCAUUCAAAAUCCCAGCACCUCAUUUGGUGCCCAAGAAUUGCCAGGUGUGACAAAUGAGCAUAGAGCAUAGAGACAUAUAGGAACAAAACUUCACUUAAAAAAAAUACUUAUCAGGGGCUGGAGCAAUAGCACAGUAGGUAGGCUGUUUACCUUGGACGCGGCCGACCUGGGUUCGAUUCCCACCAUCCCAUAUGGUCCCCCCAAAUAAAAAAAUUUUCAAUCGUGUGUGACCCAGACACAUCCGAAGGUGCUUUUUUGAUAAAUAAUAAUAAUAAGUAAUAAUAAAUAAUAAUAAUAAAUUUAUUGUUUUGGUUUUGGGGCCACACGUGGUGGUGCUCACACCGUACGUGGUGCUGGAGGUUGAACCCCAGUUGGCUGUGUGAAAAGCAAGAUCCUUCCCCACUGUCCUACCUGUCCCUGUACAGCCUUUUUCUUUGGCAAGCAGGCAAGUGGCCAGGCCCCUCUGAGGAUGCCGUGUAACCAACAGUCUCCCAGGAGUCCUGGGUAGGUGGCAGGGAAGAAGGACAUUGUGGGGGAAAGACACAGUGCUGACCUCUCUGUAGCUGGGGCUGGGGAAGAACUUUGGGUCAGGGUUGGGAGAUGACCGGAACUCUGACCUCGGCCUUCAUCUCAAACACGGGACUGGAAUGACUAACCUCAAAGAUUAUGUUCCAGACGGGAUGACCGGACCUCUGACCUCGGCCUUCAUCCCAAACACGGGACUGGAGUGACUAACCUCACAAGAUUAUGUUCCAGACUCUAAACUAGAGAAUACUAAGCCAGCCGACGGCUUCUUGUCCGCUUCCUAGAACUGAGCCGGGCUCGACUCGACUACCUGACCAUGGAUCACUGGGGGCGCUGGCACUGUGAAAAUGAUUCUGCUCCGUAGAUCACUUCAGAGGCAUGGGGUGGUAAAUGUCUACACAGUUCAGCAGAUGAGAAAGAAAUAUUAAUUAUAUCAAUGAAUCACAGUGCCGCUUCCUCUUCUGCCUUUGCAUUAUUGCCGACCUAAUUUUCUGUGCUCUGUCUCUCCUCUCCCAUUAUCCUUGAAGAAUAAUGUGGGGCCUUGCUAUGGGCAUGAUCGGUUUGCCAUGCCAGUAACUACGCCACUAUCAUCUUUCACUAGUACAGGAUUAAUUUACAAACACGACAAGGCUGCGCCCUACCACAUUCCAAAUUGGUUGAACAGCUGGGGGGCAGUUAUCACACCUGCUGGUGACAAAUCCACACUGGUUAUAGGGAUCAAAUUCUAGUACUGAGAACUGGGAGGUAGAGACAGAGUCAUGUUUUCCAGGCCUCAGACUUUAUAACGUCAUUUUUUGAUCAGAGGUGGUGAGUUCCUGG